AUGGGCCUUUUGAACGCCAAUGACAAGGAGAAAAUCAAGAGAGCACUUCCCAAAAGCUCCAACAAAAUUGUGGAUGUCACUGUUGCAAGGCUGUAUGUGGCAUAUCCCAAUCCCCAAGAGUGGCAGUACACUGGUCUUUCUGGAGCCAUUACGCUAGUUGAUGAUAUAGUCGGACACACUUUUUUUUUGAAGCUUGUGGAUAUUCAGGGCCACAGAGGCGUGUUGUGGGAUCAAGAGCUAUGCGUGGGGUUCGACUACCACCAGGAUCGUACCUUUUUCCACACUUUUGAGCUAGAAGAAUGCAUGGCGGGCCUGCUCUUCGAAGAUCUCGAUGAAGCAGCACAUCUGCUCAAAAGAGUACAAAAACGCGAGAAAUACGCAUCCAAGAAGACGUUAGCAAAUAAAAACGCCAUUGCAUUGACUAAGAAAUUACAGUCGGAACAAGAAUCACAAGUGGUUUUUGGCCCCAGAGGCGAAUCACUUAUCAGUGAUCAAAGACAGCGGUACAAGAUACAGGACGAAUUCGAGGCUCCAGUAACGAAGAAAAAAGCACCCCCACCACCCCCACCUGCCGCAGCGAGCUUUUCACCACCAAGACAAACAUACGAUGAACCCACAAUUCCAAGUUUUUCGUCACCACAGGCGCAUGAGGCUCCAUCUCCAUUUAUUUCCAAUGAGAUGGACACUGCAGCGUCCGAUUACGAUAGCUCAUCGGCAAGUGAGUCUGUAUCUACCACGCCCGUCCCUCAGACGCCCCAACCCGUUCACAAGCUUCCGCCUAUGCCUGUCUUUUCCAAUCCUCCACCACCACCACCACCACCACAACCACCUGUAGCGCCAGUGUUACCAGCAGAUUCAGCCCCUGGGCCACCACAACGUUCUACGCAUAAUCCAUUUCCAAUACCGGUGCAAAACGCCGCACCACAUGCCCCACCUCCACCAUUUCAACAAGCCAGUGGGACGGCUCCAGCUCCCUCUCUUCCCCAGGCUGCUCGUCCAGUGCCUGGCAUUCCUCCUCGUUCUAAUGGCCCACCUGCACCUCCGCCAAGAAGGGGGCCAGGCCCUCCUCCGCCACCGCGAAGAGUUGCUUCAAACCCAACAGGAUACCAAGCGCCCGGACCUAUCCAACCUUCUCUCACAGGUCCUGCACAGGGCCGACGUCCAGGUCCACCUCCACCGCCAAGACGCGGAGCUGCUCCUCCUCCACCACCAAGAUCUGCCCGCGUAUCUUCGGGACCACCACCGCCGCAGCGUAAUGUUUCCGUUGCAUCGCCACCACCAAUGCAUACGUUCCCACAACAAAGUGCGGUACUUCUCCCUCCUCCAGCACCAGCAAUGCCACAAUCGCAAUUUAAUGUGCAAGAAACUCUGCCUCCACCACCGCCACCACUUCCACCAACGACUCAACCGGCUAGUGGACAGCAACACUUUGCCCCUCCUCCAGCGCCUCCAGCGCCUCCAAUGCAACUCUCAGGUCAAAGUGCUAUCCCACCACCUCCAGCUAUGCCUUCGCAUGCUGUCACUGCCCCACCGCCUCCCGCUUUCUUAGCGCAACCUCAGCAAGUUGCACCUGCGCGCGGCGUGAGUGAAGUUACUGGUGACAGUGGACGCGACGCUCUACUUGCCUCCAUCAGAGGUGCAGGUGGUAUUGGUGCAUUGCGCAAGACUGACAAAUCACAGCUUGACAAACCAAGCGUAGUAUUGCAAGAAGCUCGAGGGGAAAGCACUAGGCAGCCUUCUGGCACUGCGAGCAGUCCAGCCAAUGGAGGCGGUGGUGGACCUGCUUCUCUUGCAGACGCACUAGCUGCUGCCCUAAACCAACGGAAGAGCAAAGUGGCACAAGACGACGGCGAUUACGACAAUGGCGAUGAUUGGUGA